AUGAACAUGCGUGUCGCGGUCGCUGGAACCUGUGGCCUUGCACUGUCGAUAGCACGAGAGAUCAACGAUGAGACCAGCCACCAACUCGUCAUCCUCUCAAGGGCUGUCGUCGACUACAGUGAUCCAGCCUCCCUCCAGCACGCCCUCAUGGGUAUUGAUACUGUUAUAUCCACGGUUACUGGCACUCCUCAGCUUCGUCUUAUCGAGGCGGCCGUACAGUGUAGAGUUCGGAGAUUCGCUCCAGCCGAAUUUGAAGGUCAGCCAGGCUUGCGCGGGCCAAACCCUGUGCUCGAUCGUGGCAAGUCUGCGGCCUUGUCUCUGCUAGACGUCUUCGUUUGCGGAAUACUAUACGAGCGCUUCUCUGUGAACGGCAUGCGUUCGCACCAUAUAGGUGCCAACACUGGAUACAGUAACGAAGGAGACUACAUCGCCAAUCCCCGAAGUAUGACUGCCGUGGCGCCAACCUACGAUGCUGCGCGCAAUCUUGCCUGCAUUUGCUUGACUUCGGUAUACGAUGUUGCGCAAUUCGUAGUGAGGGCACUCGACAUGCCGCUGUGGGAACCCGAGAUGUCUAUGUAUGGCGAGAGAAUGACUGUUAAUGAUCUGGUGGAGGUCGUCAGAUCUUGUCGGAAUCGUCCAUGGAAUAGCAUUGUUCACCAAGACGUACCGAGUCAUGGCAUAAGAUACCGGCAGCUAUCGCCACUGGUUGCAACAGCCGAAGGACGAUUCGACUUUGCCGUUCCAGGCUAUCUGAACAUGCUCAACCCAGACAUAGCGACCACAAGAUUCAGAGAUUGGUUCUUGCACAACUGGGCUUCGAUUCCUUAG